GCCAGGCGCCGGGCGAGCCGGUGGGUGCCCGGGCGGGAGUGAGGGUCCGAUGCUGGGAAGCGGCGCCCGACAUGGCUUCGGCGGGAGGCGGCGACCGCGAGGGCGCCGUGCCGGACGCCGACCGUCCGCACCAGCGGCCCUUCCUGAUCGGGGUGAGCGGCGGCACGGCGAGCGGGAAGUCCACCGUGUGUGAGAAGAUCAUGGAGCUGCUGGGCCAGAACGAGGUGGACCACCGGCAGCGCAAGCUCGUCAUCCUGAGCCAGGACCGCUUCUACAAGGUGCUGACCGCCGAGCAGAAGGCCAAGGCGCUCAAGGGGCAGUACAACUUCGACCACCCAGAUGCCUUUGACAAUGAUUUGAUGCACAGGACCCUGAGAAACAUUGUGGAGGGCAAGACUGUGGAGGUGCCCACCUAUGACUUUGUGACCCACUCGAGGUUGCCGGAGACCACGGUGGUGUACCCUGCAGACGUGGUGCUGUUCGAGGGUAUCUUGGUGUUCUACAGCCAGGAGCUGCGGGACAUGUUCCACCUGCGCCUGUUUGUGGAUACAGACUCGGACGUGCGGCUCUCCCGGAGAGUCCUCCGAGACGUGCAGCGAGGGCGGGACCUGGAGCAGAUCCUGACGCAGUACACCACCUUCGUGAAGCCGGCCUUCGAGGAGUUCUGUCUGCCGACAAAGAAGUACGCGGAUGUGAUCAUCCCACGCGGGGUCGACAACAUGGCCCGGGGCUGGCUCACCACUGACCCGUGGCUUGUCCCUCUGUCCUGUGUAACAGUGGCCAUCAACCUGAUUGUACAGCACAUCCAGGACAUUCUCAAUGGUGACAUCUGCAAAUGGCACCGAGGGGCCAAUGGGAAGAGUUACAAGAGGGCCUUUUCUGAAGCAGAAGAGCAUCCCGGGGUGCUGACCUCGGGCAAACGCUCGCACCUGGAGUCCAGCAGCAGGCCCCACUGAGUCGCCACCCGCCCGCUUGCUGCUCUGGUGGCUGGGCCCAAAAUGCACCUGCCCUGGGAGUGUGACCCUGGGGCGGUGCUGGGACCAAGGCCCGCGCUGGAGUGCUUGCCUGGACGUGUCAGCUCAGCCUGGGGGCUGGGCCUUCCUGCUGUUUCUACCUGCUUCCUUGUGCUUACAGAUCUAAAACCUGGGGUCCUUGAGGACGCCAUGGCUGUGGGGUAGGGCCAAGGCGCCUGUCUGUGAGGGCUGCGUGAUCCUCCCCCUCGCCCAUCUCCCAAGCACAUGUGCGCCUUCUGUGUCACAUAGCAUCAUUGUGGUGUGCUGGCGACAGUCUGCCCCCCCAGGGCCUGAGCCGGCGUGCUGUGCCCAGCCUGGGGGGCCGUUCACCCAGGGACCCCAGGAACAACCAGUAUUUUCCUAACCUCCUCCCAGCACGCACACGGGGCCUCUUCUGGGUCCUGCCCCAGGAGCUUGCAAGGCCCCGAGUGGAGGGUGGAAGGGCGGCUGGCAGGCCGCGUCCUCUGGCUGCACCCACGGCCUCGGCAGGAGUUUCUUCCGUGGCCGGUUUCUGGUUGUAACAGCUUGGUCAAGCUCACGCCCUUUUGGAGGAAGACUCAAUAAACCAGUAGCACCCAGUAGAAA